AUGACACUAGAGGAGUGGUUAGCCAGACAAACUCACCGGCGAGCAUCUAGAUCAAAAGAUCUACCCCCAGGCACAUCAUCAAACUAUGGUCAACCUACAGCCUAUCAGCCUGUGACGUCGAGUGGACAUGGCUUCACCCAGACUACGGGCGCUCAACCGUUAUCAAAUUAUCAGCCCCCAACAGGAGUCCAACAGAACGUGAUCCCCCAAGCACCUUCUUGGCAAACCCCUCCACUUCAACAACCGUCAUACCAUCGAGGCUAUACAGCUAGCAACCCAGCUCCCAGUCUCACAACGACAUCUAGACAAGGUAACUCUACCGACUCUACUAGUACCGAGUCCAGCGAGGAUGAAUACGUUGGCGAUCUAGGCUCUCCGUCAAGAGGAAGCCGAAGGCUGUUUCAUGAGGCUGUCGGGAGUGCCGCGGCCCAUAGUAACACAGACUCUGCCCGAAGACAAAGAUCGCAUCAUCGGUCUACCUCAGGAAGUGUAAAGGAUCAGCCAACUCUAAAUCCAAGUCAGGCAACGAGAAGGCAAACAUCCUCCAGACACAGACGAUCGUCUUCAGAUACCACUACUACUGCAGCGCGAAGUGGUCGUCUACUGCGAGCAGGAGGGCUAGUGUUACCAAACCCCGCAGACAGGCUCCCUCAACAGAUGGUAGCCCCUCAACAGUCCCAGCCAUAUAGGCCAUGGACUCCACUGCCUCCGCCGAGUGAGCUAAAUGCGCCAGCAUAUGGAUUUCCUCCGCGUAAUUCUCAGAGCCGACCUUAUGCUGGGUACGGCCAAUCAGACCCAUCACAGAUUCGAUAUCCAACUGGAGGAGCACCGCCGACUACAGGGACGAUGACGGCACAGUUACAGCAACUAAGUUUCAACCAAUCCAACGAACAGAGAGCUUCCAUGGGCUCGGGCUCAGGAUUACCAAUGUCAUGGGCCCCUCUUCGCUAUUCGCAACAACCCUACGGUCGGCGAGCAAGUAGCCCAGACACACGUGUAAGCCCAUCUCAGAACACUGCCCCCCGGCGGAUGUCAACGCCGCCUCUAGGAGUCAACAUCACGCCAAGCGCGUCCACAUAUUCCUACAGCCAUCAGCCAACACGGACCACCAGAAGGGGCGCGAGCCCGGGCCGUUCAGGACCUCAGGGUUAUCGUACCCCGCGUCAAUCCGGGACGCUAGCUCCACCUGGAAGUACCAGUUCAACUUUAAGCUCGUCAGUGUUUCCAAGCGGCGGUCAUGCCAGACAACCUGGUGCUCCAAGAGGAAGAGACCCAAGACCACUGAGAGCUGAGAAUUAUGGGGCGUCAAGCCAGGUUCGAAAUUUGACACCGCCGCGAAGCUUCAGAGGGAGAAGGUAA